AUGGAGAUUAAAGAGUACCCUGAGAAGACAAUUAGGUUGUUUGGAGUUGAUAUUCCUGUUCAUCCAAACACCCCCCAAGAAGAUCAUCAAGUUGUUGGUAAUCAUUCCGAUUCACCAUCGGAAUCUUCUACUACUCCGUCCGCCGGUAGCCCAAAUACCGUUUUGUCACUUGAUAAUAAUCAAGAAAAGCAUGUCCCUGAUCAUGAAUCUCUUGCUCCUGCCGCCGCCGCCGCCCCAAGCUGCCCAUCUUCCGACGAAGUUCCCGCAAAAUCUCCCGCCAAGAAAAUGGCGGCGCCGGAAGAAGUUGGUUGUUCUUCACGUGGUGGACCACCACCCAUUAUCAACUACGACGACGUCGGUGCAACUUCUGAUCCAAAGGCAGAUAAUAAAUCCUCAUCGGAUUUAUUAAUAAUAAGAAACCCUAGCCCUGACGACGUCGUUUCAAGAAAACCCCAGUCCAAGAAAAGGGUUUCUUCAACUACUUAUACUCAUGACGUCAGCCCUUUAGUAAAGAAGAAGGCGAAAGUAAUAUCCAAUGAAAUUGUAGUCUACAGUCCAAAGCCACUCCAAUCUUUUCCUCCGUCCAUGAAUCGUCACCAUGACGUAAGCCCUAAUAACCGGCGAUCGGAAGAAAUGAAGAAGGUGAAGGGGAAAUUAAUAAUAACCGACCAAGAGAAUGUUUCCGAACCAGCGCCUGUACGGAAGAAGAGAACAAUUAGGCGCCGGGAUAAGACUUUAUUCAUCCGCGGCGAGUCAUCAUCGAUACCGGAUACUGUUUUACCACUAGAGGAGAUUCCAGGUAUGAUUGAGACGAUCGAAUCACACAACGGAAGUAAACCGGUUUUCUUGUACCACAAGAAACUCGAAGCAUCCGAUGUGUGGGACCACCUCAACAGAUUGAGCAUCAACACCCCUGAAUUCUUGAUGAGUUUUCUCAGAGACGAAGAGAGGAUAGCUGUAACCGAGACGAGAAAAGGAAUUCAAUGUAUCGGGAUCGAUAAAGGAGGCCGCUCGUUUAACCUGAACUUGGGGAGGUGGCCUAGCUUGCAGAUGAUUGUUAUUAACAAACAAUGGAGCAGGAUAGUCAACGCCAACAAUGCGGUCAAAGGCGAUUGGGUUGAAAUUUGGGGGUAUCGAGUAAACGGAAGCGACGAGCUUCGUUUGGUGAUCAACUUUAGGAAACAAGAAGAAAUUGAUCAAAGGAGGAAUGCAGCUGCUGCUGCUGCAGCUUCAACAAGCACUAGAGUACUAGCUAUCGGAGUGAGGCUGAGAUCUGAGCACUCGGAUGAUGUUCUGACUGCUGGGCGUGGAUCUUGGUACCAGAGCAUCGUCAAGUUGGGGGUGCUCGUUCAAAUAGGGCGUACGGAAAUCCAACCGGAUUCCGCUCAGAAAAUGAAAGGUGUGUUAAUUCAACAAAGAUGCUAUGUGGCUAUUGAUGAAUCUUAUGCUGCUGAAACUACUGCUUCUAAGAAAAUAGAACUCGAUGAACUUGCUUACUCUGCCAUUAUAUUGAAUCUUUCUGACUCUGUGAUUAGAAAGGUAGGUAUGCAUGAUUCUGCCAAAGGUCUGUGGGAAAAGUUAGAUGAGUUGUACACUGAAACUUCUCUGCCCUCAAAAUUGUUUUUACUCGAAAAAUUUUUUAGAUUCAAAUUGGAUCUAACCAAAGAUAUUGAUGAGAACAUAGAUCAGUUUACCAGAUUAGUUCAGGAUAUUAAACUGACGGGAGACAAAAGUAUUGAUAACUAUACUCCCAUUGUUUUGUUAAACGCAAUCCCUGAUUCUUACAACGAUUUGAAAUCUGCUAUUAAGUAUGGCAGGGAUAAUAUUUCUCUUGACACUGUCAUAAACGGUUUAAAGAGUAAAGAAAUGGAUUUGAGAGUUAACAAAAGCAAUAAGAGUUUUGGUGAGGUGAACUUUGUGAGAGGAAGACAGCAAAACCGAUUUUCAAAUAAGCCUUCCUCCUCUAACCAAAAUGUUUCUCAAAAUGGUUCUCAUCAAAACUAUAUGAAUACUCAACGAGAAGGAUCUUCAACUACUCGUCCACCUCUUCUAAUCGGCUCCAACUACUCAUACUGGAAAUCAAAAAUGAAGAUGUUUAUCAAAUCCAUAGAUGAGAGAGCAUGGCGCGCCAUCAUAACUGGUUGGACACCUCCCAUGAUCAAAGGAGAAGACAAAGAGGAAGUAUUCAAACCAGAAGCAGAUUGGAGUGAUGGAGAAAUACUACUCGCAAACUACAACUCGAGGGCCCUAAACGCAAUAUUUAGUGGUGUUGAUGAUAAUCAAUUUAAACUAAUAGCGUCAUGUGAAUCUGCAAAGAGAGCUUGGGAAAUUCUUCAAGUCACAUACGAAGGAACGUCAACUGUAAGGACAUCCAAGUUACAGAUGUUGGCCACCAAAUUCGAAAAUUUGAAGAUGGAGGAGAAUGAGACGAUCACUGACUUCCAUGCUAAAUUAUGUGAUAUCUCCAAUGAAUCAUACGCACUCGGUGAACCAUACUCAGAAAGCAAAUUAGUGAGAAAAGCGAUGCGCUCAUUACCUGAAAGAUUCGCUUACCGAAUUGCUGCCAUUGAAGAAGUCAGAGACGUUGACACGCUCAAACUAGACGAACUCAUGGGGAAACUUCUAGCACAAGAACUCAAUCAUGGUGAAAAUCAUCGUGAAAAGUCUAGAGAAAAGAAGAUAGCCUUUCAAGCAGAAACAUCAUAUGCAACGCCCCAAAAUUCGUCAACUCAAGAAGAUGAGCAAACAGUUGAAGAAUCCUUGGCACUACUAUCGAAAAAUUUUGGGAAAUUUCUCAAAAAGAUCGAAAAAAGGGGAAAUCUUCCAAGCACAGGGAAACCCGUGAAUUUUCAAAAUUCUAGGAGAAAUUCAAAUCAAGAUAACUCAGAGGAGUCAAAACCAAGAAGAAUACAAUGUCGAGAAUGCGAAGGCUUUGGUCACAUUCAAUCAGAAUGCGCAAACACCCUGAAGAAAAAGAAGAAAAUGUCACUUACUACUGGUUGGAGCGAUGAAGAAGAAUCUGAUGAUGACCAAGGAAACAACAAUCAAGUCACUAACUUUGUAGCAUUCAGCAGCAAAGUUCCUCUGGACAGCUCAGAAUCAACUGUUGCUUCAACUGUUGCAACAGACUGUGAAACAGAAUCCAGGUAUGAAAAUAUGUGUUCUGAUUAUGACAAAAAUCUAAACGAAAAUUCUUCUUUUGCAGAGGAUCCGAACAGCAGCAGUGAUGAGGAAGAACCAACCUUGGAUGAAGUAAAGGAGGUAUAUGAAAAAAUGUACCAAAAAUGGCUCGACGUCGUUAAGGUAAAUAACUUCCUGGAAAAGGAGAAGUUUGUGCUUGUAGAGGAAAACAAGACACUAAAGGUAAGAAUCUCUACUCUUGAGGAAAGGGUCAUAUCUAGUGAUCAAGAGAAAAAUAGUUUGCAGGCUAAACUUACUCAAACUCAAGAAGCAAUUGCAAAAUUGAACUUGGGUAGAGGUAAUCUAGAUGAAAUCUUAAGCAACAACAAGCCAAACUAUAAUCGUCUAGGCAUAGGAGGGAGUCAGCUACCCAAAGUUGAUCUAAAGCGAAAGGAAGAUCAAAACAGAAAAAUCAACUUUGUUAAACAAGCUUCUGUCUCACAAACAGUUGCAACUGGCUGA